CCGCGCAUGCUCAUAGCGCUCCCUGCUUAACCACGAGGGUCGGCAUCUCUGCGCAGUCUUCCUUGUCCCGCAACAUCCGAGUCUUGUGGAGCCGAGUGUCCCCGCACAUUGCAGCCAACAUGUCGGCCCAGGUCCUCAGCGGGAAGGUGAUCUCCGGACUUGUCCGAGAGCGUCUGAAAAAUGAAGUUGCGGCUAUGGAGGAGAAGUGCACCGGUUUCCGCCCGGGCCUGGCCAUCUUGCAGGUGGGAGACAGAGAUGAUUCUAACUUGUACAUCAGUAUGAAGCUGAAGGCUGCUGCAGAGAUUGGUAUUAAUGCCAGCCAUGUCAAGCUGCCAAGGACUGCAACAGAAGCAGAGGUGCUGAGCAGAAUAAAGUCCAUCAAUGAGGAUUCAACACUUCAUGGGCUGAUUGUUCAGCUGCCUCUGGAUUCAGAUCACAAAAUUGACACAGAGAAAGUCACAAACGCUGUGUCGCCUGCCAAGGAUGUGGAUGGACUGACCAGCAUUAAUGCAGGAAAGCUGGCUAGGGGAGAUAUUGGAGAUUGCUUCAUCCCAUGUACACCAAAAGGAUGCCUGGAACUCAUCCGUCAAACAGGCGUGAAGAUUGCAGGGAAGAGAGCAGUAGUUAUCGGGCGCAGUAAGAUUGUGGGGGCACCUAUGCAUGACCUGCUGCUGUGGAAUCACGCCACAGUCACCACCUGUCACUCAAAGACAGAGCAGCUUAGUGAAGAGGUGAGCAGAGCAGACAUUCUUGUUGUGGGUGCUGGUAAACCGGAGAUGGUUAAGGGUGACUGGAUCAAGCCAGGUGCCAUUGUGAUUGACUGCGGCAUUAACCAUGUACCAGAUGACACUAAGCAAUCAGGUAAAAGAGUCACUGGAGAUGUAGCAUAUGAAGAAGCAAAGGAGAAGGCAUCGUAUAUAACUCCAGUCCCAGGUGGGGUUGGCCCCAUGACCGUAGCCAUGCUCAUGGAGAACACAGUGGAGAGUGCAAAACGUUACCUGGAAAAGUUCCAGCCAAACUCAUGGAAUAUAGAAUACACUAAACUUCAGGUGCAGACGCCUGUACCCAGUGACAUUGAGGUCUCGCGAUCCUGCGUUCCAAAGCCUAUUUUUCGGCUCUCAGAAGAGAUCGGUCUGCUGUCAGAAGAAGUAGAAAUAUAUGGACAGACGAAAGCCAAAGUCCUGCUCUCUACCCUCAAACGUCUGCAGGGGCAGAAGGAUGGAAAAUAUGUUGUUGUCACUGGAAUAACACCCACCCCACUGGGAGAAGGAAAGAGCACUACCACCAUUGGCUUGGUUCAGGCUCUUGGGGCUCAUUUGAACGUUAAUGUAUUUGCCUGUGUCAGACAACCAUCUCAAGGGCCCACGUUUGGAAUUAAAGGAGGAGCUGCUGGAGGAGGAUAUUCACAGGUUAUUCCAAUGGAAGAGUUUAACCUCCAUCUCACCGGGGACAUACACGCCAUCACAGCCGCUAACAACCUAGUGGCAGCCUCCAUUGACGCACGGAUCUUCCAUGAGCUGACACAGUCUGACAAGGCUCUGUACAACCGUCUUGUCCCUUCGAGUAAUGGAGUGCGCAAAUUUUCAGAUAUUCAGAUAAGACGACUUAAGAGACUGGGCAUCGACAAGACAGACCCCACCACUUUGACGGAAGAAGAGGUUACCAAGUUUGUAAGGCUUGAUAUUGAUCCAGACACUAUAACUUGGCAGAGAGUAAUGGACACGAAUGAUCGAUUCCUUCGAAAGAUGACAAUUGGCCAGUCUCCAACAGAAAAGGGUUUCACGAGGACGGCUCAGUUUGACAUCUCUGUUGCAAGUGAAAUUAUGGCUGUGUUGGCUCUCACCAGUAAUUUAGAGGACAUGAUAAUACGACUGGGAAAAAUGGUGGUGGCUUCCAGCAGGCAAGGAGUUCCAGUCACCACAGAUGACUUGGGAGUAAGCGGUGCUCUGGCUGUCUUGAUGAAAGAUGCAAUAAAACCUAAUCUGAUGCAGACAUUAGAGGGAAAUCCAGUUUUUGUUCAUGCCGGACCUUUUGCCAAUAUUGCACAUGGCAAUUCCUCCAUUCUGGCUGAUAAAAUUGCUUUGAAAUUGGUUGGACCAGAAGGAUUUGUUGUGACUGAGGCUGGCUUUGGAGCUGAUAUUGGAAUGGAAAAGUUUUUCAAUAUCAAAUGCAGAUAUUCUGGUUUGCGUCCACAUGUGGUGGUUCUGGUGGCUACAGUACGGGCACUGAAGAUGCAUGGGGGAGGCCCAACGGUUACUGCUGGAGUCCCAUUGCCAAAGGAGUAUACAGAAGAGAACUUGGAGCUUCUGGAAAAAGGCUGCAGUAAUCUACGUAAACAGAUCGAGAAUGCCACCAUGUUCGGUGUACCUGUGGUUGUUGCGGUCAAUGCUUUCAAAACAGACACCCAAGCUGAGCUAGAACUGGUUUGCCAUCUUGCCAAGGAAGCAGGGGCUUUUGAUGCUGUGAAGUGCACUCACUGGGCAGAAGGUGGGAAAGGAGCCGUGGAUCUGGCUCAGGCCGUGCAGAAAGCAUCUCGGGCACCUAGCGCAUUUAAGUUCCUGUAUGACGUGGAGUUGCCAAUUGCUGAUAAGAUCAGGAUAAUAGCCCAGAAGAUAUAUGGUGCUGAUGACAUAGAACUGCUCCCCGAGGCUCAGAAAAAGGCUGAGAUCUACACUAAGCAGGGCUUUUCAAAUCUGCCAAUCUGCAUGGCCAAGACCCAUCUGUCCUUGUCUCAUAACCCAGAGCUGAAAGGAGCCCCGAAAGGCUUUGUCCUGCCUAUACGUGACAUUAGAGCCAGUGUUGGGGCCGGAUUCUUGUAUCCAUUGGUUGGCACGAUGAGCACGAUGCCUGGCCUUCCAACCAGACCCUGCUUCUAUGACAUUGAUCUGGAUCCUGUAACAGAACAAGUGAAUGGAUUGUUUUAACAUCACAUAACAUUACAGGCUGCGAUACUGGAUAAUCUGCAUUGACAACAGGGGCGGACACUGCAUGUAAAGGCCCCCUGUGCAUGGGACCUAAGGGCAGCACACACAUUAGACACCCUUGAGGCAACUCAAAUGCAGUAAGCUGGAGACACACAUCAACAUGUGCAGCACAGAUCCAUCCCUGGUUGAUGCCAUGGAAAAGUUGCAAUUGAAAUUUUGCUUCUUGAAGGGAGUAGUGCAGUGAAACAUAACUUAUCCCCUAUUCAAAGGAUAGGGGAUAAGUUAUAGAUCACGGGGGGCUGACCACUGGGACCCCCUGCGAUCUCCUGAACGGGGCCCUUGCAAUCGGCCAGAAGCAGUCGUUCUGACCCCCGCAAGAAGCCACGGCCAACACGGCCCCUCCAUGUAUCUCUCCAUGUGGGGGUCAGCAUGCCCCCUUCCAGCAGACUGCUGGGGCCCCGUUCAGGAGAUCACGGGGGUCCCAGCGGUCGGACCCACUGCAAUCUAGAACUUAUCCAAACAAUAGGGGAUACGUUAUGUUUCACUACAGAACUCCUUUAAUGUUUUUACUUGGUCAUUUUUGUAAAAAAUAUUUUAAGUGUAUUUUUCCCCUUAGGUAUUUCCAAUCUGUCAAAAAAGAGAAAAACAUUUGAUGGUUUUACAGAAGUCAA